AUGAAGCUUGUCCGAAUCUUGAGAAAAGCCACUGAAUGUCGCAAAUCUGCAACAAUUUCUCACGGUCGUCUCUUCUCUUCGCAUCAAAUCCAUUCCUUGCCUCCUCAAUCGUCAUCGUUCGGCAUUGCUUUCGACAUUGAUGGCGUCAUUCUCCGUGGUAAUAUUCCCAUCGGAGGUUCUUCGCGGGCUCUCCAAAGACUCUACGAUGACUCCGGUAAUUUGAGAAUUCCCUAUGUUUUCUUGACAAACGGAGGUGGUGUCCCAGAAUCUAAGAGAGCAGCUGAGUUGACCAAAUUACUGGAUGUCAAUAUUUUAGCCUCACAGGUAAUACAGGGUCAUUCACCUUUCAAACAGCUGGUAAAGAGAUAUGAGAAUGAGCUCGUCAUUGCAGUUGGAAAAGGAGAACCUGCGACUGUGAUGUCUGAAUAUGGAUUUAAAAAUGUUCUCUCAGUGGAUGAAUAUGCUAUGUAUUUUGAGAAUAUUGAUCCUUUGGUGCAAUACAAAAACUGGACCCAGAAACUGACUGGAAAUCACAAUGGCCUUCCUAGAGAAAUGGCCGCGAUAAAUGAUCCUAGUUCACAAAGAGUGAAGGCUGUCUUUAUUGUUAGCGAUUCUGUUGACUGGAGCAGGGACAUCCAGGUUUUGUGCGACAUUCUAAGUACUGGAGGUCUUCCUGGAAGAGAAAUUGCGAGCCAACCACCUCUAUAUUUUGCAAAUGAUGAUCUUUCAUACCAGGGUCUAUUUCCUACAGAACGUCUUGGCAUGGGUGCUUUCAGGAUAGCCUUAGAAUCUAUCUUCAACAGAAUCUACCCAAAUGUUCUGAAGUACACAUCUUACGGAAAACCCAAUCCUUCUGCAUUCAGAACUGCUGAAAAUGUAUUGAUGCAAGUCGUGCCUCAAGUUAGCCAUCCUGAGAAUGGCAAACAGCAUACUUUCAAGACCCUGUACAUGAUAGGAGACAAUCCUUCAGUUGACAUUAGAGGAGCUCGAGAGACAGGAUCUCCAUGGUUUUCAAUCUUGACAAGGACUGGGGUGUUCAAAGGGGAGAAAAAUCACGACAACCAUCCAGCGGAUCUGGUUGUUGACAAUGUAGAACAGGCAGUGGAUUACAUUUUGAGAAAGGAAGGCGUCUCAUCAUGA